UCGUCGAACUACGCGGGGCUGGCCAUGCUUCUCGCCGUGGUGCUGUCGUUUCCCAUCUGCUCGAUCCUGAUGCUGGUGACAGUGUCAGUGAUGCUCGUGGCACUGACGCUCACAAACUACGUGUGCCGGCCGUACGACAACAUCAUCUACGACACCGCCGACAUCACCCAGACAGCGCUCCUGGACGAUACAAUGCGCGUUAUCUGGCCUCGGGAGACGCGUGGAAAGUGGUUCGGAAAGUUCCUGGCGGGCAGCACGCUCACAAUUUGCAACGGCGGUCGUAUGUUGGAGGUCAUCAAGGGAGACUACCAGGAUUCGGUCAACACGCUCGUGGACCUCACGAAAACCAUACAGCAGCUGCUCCUGUCUCUCACCGUCGACCCGCGUCUCAUCUUUUCGGUCGACCAUCCGGAAUUGCCUUUCUUCGCCAAGAUGAGGGGGCAACUAUGGGACCAUGUCGACAAGGUGUGCACAGCGUCUGUCACGCCACUUAGUUCUCUGACAGCCUUUUUCUUGCAGUAGGAGGUACAGUCAAUGGACACGUACGCCAGAGUGUAAAUUGAAUGGCGCUAGCAAACGUAUUCCCUUUGACUCCGGGAGACAUAUCAAAGCUGCAGUUGAGAAAUACCCAAA